AUGGAGAUCGCGUCGGCGGGGCGGCGUCGUUCAGGCUGCCUUUCUGUCCGUCCUUUGUUUUCUCGCAGGUCUUCUUCGUCUCGUCAAGGGACCUCUCGCAUGUCGCCUUCUUCCCUAGAUCUUCUCUCUUGUGGGUCUUCGCUGUCUUCCUCUCUCACGGGAGUCUCCAAGCCCGUUCAGCGGCUGCGUGGCGUCGAGUCCGCGUCUCGCGCACACGUCUCCUGUUUGUCCGAUUCUCUCUCCUCUCCCUCGUCACCGCCUCCAGGCUCGCUCCCUUUGCAUGGGAAAAACGCGGCUGGUCGCGCGACUUCUGCGCGGUCGCGCACUCGAGCGAAAAUGCGGGCGACUGUCGUAGGCCUCGUUGGGCUCGUAGGGUCGCUGCUCGCCGGCGCCCCGCGGCAAGCGAGUGCCUUCCCGUUUCCUUUGGCGUCGGCCGCGUCCUCUUCCCGCUCUGCGCCCUCUUCUUCCGGGCACCUGCCUAACGGCCCUCUGGCUUCUCCACCUGCAUCGCCAGGGAGCAGCGACGUGCUGCAGGCUCUCGAGGCGGCGGGAUACGCGCGGAACUACGCGCGCAUCAACGGCGCGCAGUCGCACGCGCUUCCGCGUCAGCUCUCCUCCUCGCCUGAUUUUCUCCCGCCUCGCGCCGACUCCGCAUCCACGCCGCCGAGCCCCCACUCUCCGAUGCCGCUCCCCCCCUCGGGUCCGCUCGCAGGCGCGUCUUGGGCGGCGCCCAGCCUCGUCGCGCGGAAUCUCUCGGUGUCGCCUGCGCCUGCGCACUACGCCGGCGCGUCGUCGCCGUCUUCGGUGGGGUUCGUGGGGAAGCAGUCGCACCGCGUGAAGCUGGAGCACUGCAGCGGCCUCGACGUGUUCCUGGUCUCCAACUUGCCUUCGAACCUCGCCGCGCGCUACCCGGCCUUCGCUGCGCGAGAGGCCCAAGAGGGCGGAGGCUUGCCGCUGCUGCACCAUGUGCAUCUGCAAGAGUCUGCGGCUGCGGGCGACGCGAAGGCGAACGACGCCGUCCAGCGAAAAGUCGCCGCCCAGGCGCUGGAGCAAGACGCGGUCGCGAACCCGAGAGUCGUCGUGGAGCAGUCCAGAACCACGCCGCUCUGGAACAUGCAAAGCCCCACAGACAGAGACGGCCUGCCGGUGAUCCGCAUCGCGGAGGGAGCGGCGUCGGUGUUUCGCAUGUCGGCGCCGGUGGCUGGCUUGGGAGACAUGCUGUCGGCGCUCUUGGAGAUGCCCGUGAUGAGUGUGGAGAUCCACGCAGAUUACAGCAUCGCGCUGUCGUAUCGGCUGAACGCGGCGGAGGGGCGGCAGCUGCACCACACCCACGUCGACGCGAAGCACCGGCCGAUCGCAGACCUCGACCUGCAGUACCUGAAGUGCCGCGACCCACUCGCGGACGAACUCGAAGUCGAUUUGGAGGAGGCAAAGCGCCACGCGCCCGCAGUGAACGUCACUGUCUGGACCCACGGAUGCGAUCCCGUCAGCUUCUACUGGAAAGUCGUCUGCGCGGGCAACGAACGCCACCUCCAGCACGCCGCUCACGGCCUCCACAUCGGCACGCCUAGGCCGGCGGAGAAGCUGGCUUUAGAGCGCGGCGCGGGCGACUCUGUCUCAGGAGACUUUGCGACUUUGAGUGCGGCGGCUAGGCGGCGCCGGCUGAAGCUCCUGACCCAGUUGGACGGAGAUUUGGUGGUUGACGGAGUGUCGACGCCGCUCUGCUCAGACGUGCGGAGACCGCGGGUCUCCGUGCCCAAGGAAAACUCAUUUAUGGAUUUUUUCGUCUGGUGCAAAGGCUGCUCGACGGGCAAGGUGGACAUGCAUCUCCCGAGCGUAGCGGCGGAUUUGGAUGUCAUGUAUCCCGUGCUGCAUCACUUUCACUCCGAGGCUUCGCGGGAGGCGCUGGACGCGGACGCGGUGACGCCAGGCAUCGUGCCGCAGUCCCACGUCACGGCCGUCGACAUCAAAGAAGGAGAAGAAGAUCGCGACGUCCACCACUUCCGCAUCGACUUCAACUGCAAAGCAGAAGGCGAUUCCAUCGUGGCGCUGGAGUUCCUUUUGCACGGCUCCAAGGCUAUACAAGUCUUCAUUCGCAAGCACUGCGCAGCUCCGGCGGGGGAUGCGGCGCCCGACCCCGUGUGUGCGACCGGCAUUCCGAGUCCCGACGGAACGGCGUGCUGCGCGGCCAAGUGCGAAGUCUGCGGAGGCGAGCACUGCCACGAGAGAGCAGGAUCUGUCGAUGAGUGCUGCGUGACGCACAUCCACGCUCGCGGCCAGUUUUGCGCGUCCAAACCACCGCCCUGCGUCAUACGCUCGUUGAACGAAGACACGGCCUCUGCGGCCGCUCGCACGAACUCCGCGCUCCAGCUCGCCGAGCAGCAGGCGCAAGCGUCGCCCUCCGUCGUCUUUUCCACCGCACAUUUCCUCUCCUGGCUGGCGUGGCUGCUUCUUCGCGGGGCUCUGCUGCUGCUGUCUAUGCUUUACCUCUACACGGUGUUGCACCGCCUCGUCAUCUUGCGGCUGCCGCUGAGCGCUGCUUUGUUGCCUUCGCUUCCCCAGCUCUUUCAAACGGGCUGCAUGGCGUUCGGCGCGUUGAGGCACUUUUAUCUUUCGAAGCUGCAAGUUUUUACCUCGAAGCGGCACGCCUACACGUCGUUCGAGGAGCCUCCUGCGACGCCCGCGUCUUCGUGGGCGGGGGACUUUUCGGUCUUUAGACCGCCGCCGUCGAUGAACGUGCCUCAGUUCGUUCCGCUCUCCUCGCUCUCUCCCUCGGCUGAGUUCGAGGCCUACGAACGCGACGAGACGCCCGCCCGCGCGCUGUCCUCCUCGCGCGAGGCGACCGCCAGAGAGCCCAGACUCGGCGCAGGCGCAGCAGACGACUUCGAGUACGACGAUCUCUAG